GGAAGGCAGCGGGCUUUGAUGUGAAGGCACUCCGGGCGUUCAGGGUGCUUAGGCCACUCAGAUUGGUGUCUGGGGUACCCAGCCUCCAGGUAGUGCUGAACUCCAUCAUCAAGGCCAUGGUUCCUCUCCUCCACAUCGCCCUGCUGGUGCUGUUUGUCAUCAUAAUCUAUGCCAUCAUCGGCCUGGAGCUGUUCAUGGGCAAGAUGCACCGCACCUGCUUCUACAACAGAGAGGGACAUCCAUUCCACAGAGGUCCCAUAGUGGAGGAUAAGCCGGCCCCCUGCGCUCCUAACGGGGCUCAUGGCCGCCACUGCUCCCAGAACGCCACACAAUGCAUGAUGGGGUGGGAGGGGCCUAACGAUGGCAUCACUAACUUCGACAACUUUGCCUUCGCCAUGCUGACGGUGUUCCAGUGCAUCACCAUGGAGGGCUGGACAGACGUCCUCUACUGGAUGCAAGACGCUAUGGGCUAUGAACUUCCUUGGGCCUAUUUUGUCAGUCUCGUCAUCUUUGGAUCCUUUUUCGUUCUAAAUCUGGUUCUGGGGGUGUUGAGCGGAGAGUUUUCCAAGGAGAGAGAGAAGGCCAAGGCCAGAGGAGACUUCCAGAAGCUGAGAGAGAAGCAGCAGCUGGAGGAGGACCUGAAGGGUUACCUGGACUGGAUCACACAGGCUGAAGACAUCGACCCAGAGAACGAGGAGGAGGGGCUCGACGAGGACAAGCCCAGAAACCUGAGCAUGCCGGCCAGUGAGAAUGAGUCAGUGAAUACAGACAACACACCUGCAGGAGAUAUGGAGGGAGAGACCUGCUGUACCCGGCUAGCAAAUAGAAUCUCCAAAUCCAAGUUCAGUCGGUACUCGCGGCGGUGGAACCGUCUGUGUCGUCGUAAGUGUCGAGCGGGGGUCAAAUCCAGCGUGUUCUAUUGGCUGGUGAUCUUCCUGGUCUUCCUCAACACUCUAACCAUCGCUUCAGAACACCAUAAACAGCCUCACUGGCUCACAGAGGCCCAAGACAUAGCCAACAAGGUCCUGCUGGCAUUGUUUACAGGGGAGAUGCUGUUAAAGAUGUACAGCCUGGGUCUGCAGGCCUACUUCGUGUCCCUGUUCAACCGCUUUGACAGCUUUGUGGUGUGUGGAGGCAUCCUGGAGACCAUUCUGGUCGAGACCAAGAUCAUGUCCCCGCUAGGCAUCUCCGUGCUGCGAUGCGUACGCCUGCUACGUAUCUUCAAAAUCACAAGGUAUUGGAACUCUCUGAGUAACCUGGUGGCGUCGCUGCUGAACUCUGUCCGCUCCAUCGCCUCCCUGUUACUGCUCCUCUUCCUCUUCAUCAUCAUCUUCAGCCUGCUCGGCAUGCAGCUCUUCGGAGGCAAGUUCAAUUUCGACGAGACGCGCCGGUCAACCUUCGACAACUUCCCCCAGUCGCUACUCACCGUCUUUCAGAUCCUGACAGGUGAGGACUGGAACUCAGUGAUGUAUGAUGGCAUCAUGGCCUACGGAGGGCCGUCCUUCCCAGGGAUGCUGGUCUGCAUCUACUUCAUCAUCCUCUUCAUAUGUGGAAACUAUAUCCUCCUGAAUGUCUUCUUGGCCAUCGCUGUGGACAACCUGGCUGAUGCUGAGAGUCUGACGUCAGCACAGAAAGAGGAGGAGGAGGAGAAGGAGAGGAAGAAGCUGGCCAGAAUGGCCAGUCCGGAGAAACGUCAUGUCAACGAAAAGCCCCCGAUGAUUGAGACAGAAGAAAAGAAGGAGGAGAAGAUUGAGCUGAAGUCCAUCACCUCAGACGGAGAGACAACCAAUGCCACCAAGAUCAACAUUGAUGAGUACCAAGUAGAUGGGAAUGAAGAUAAGAAUCCGUAUCCAGCGAAUGAUUUUCCAGGUACCACUGUACCGGUGUUAAAAAGAGAGGAUGAGGAGGAGCCUGAGAUGCCGGUGGGCCCCCGGCCGCGGCCCCUGUCUGACAUUCAGCUGAAGGAGAAGGCUGUUCCCAUGCCUGAGGCCAGGGCCUUCUUCAUCUUCAGCAACACCAACAAGUUCAGGGUUCUGUGCCAUAAGAUGGUGAACCACAACAUUUUCACCAACCUCAUCCUGUUCUUCAUUCUACUGAGCAGUAUCUCUCUGGCGGCAGAGGACCCUGUCAGGAACGACUCCUUCAGGAACCAGAUAUUAGGCUAUGCAGACCACGUCUUCACCGGGCUCUUCACCAUAGAGAUCAUUCUGAAGAUGACAGCGUACGGGGCGUUCAUCCAUAAGGGUUCGUUCUGUCGGAACUACUUCAACAUUCUGGAUCUGGUGGUGGUCAGUGUGUCGCUCAUCUCCUCCGGAAUACAGUCCAGUGCCAUCAACGUGGUAAAGAUCCUUCGUGUUCUCAGAGUGCUUCGGCCCCUGAGGGCCAUCAACAGGGCCAAGGGCCUCAAACAUGUGGUCCAGUGUGUGUUCGUGGCCAUCCGAACCAUUGGAAACAUUGUAAUCGUCACCUCCCUGCUGCAGUUCAUGUUCGCCUGCAUCGGAGUGCAGCUCUUCAAGGGAAAGUUUUUCUCCUGCUCAGACAGCUCCAAGUCUACAGAGCCUGAAUGCAGGGGUUCAUACAUCAUGUAUAAGGACGGUGAUGUGGGGAAACCAGAGAGAUCCAUGCGCAUCUGGGAGAACAGUGACUUCAACUUUGACGAUGUGCUCCAGGGGAUGAUGGCUCUGUUCGCCGUCUCCACCUUUGAAGGAUGGCCAGCACUCCUGUACCGGGCCAUAGACUCCCAUUCAGAGGACCUGGGCCCUGUCUACAACUACAGAGUGAUCGUCUCCGUCUUCUUCAUCAUCUACAUCAUCAUCAUCGCCUUCUUCAUGAUGAACAUCUUCGUAGGCUUCGUCAUCGUCACCUUCCAGGAGCAGGGAGAGCAGGAGUACAAGAACUGUGAGCUGGAUAAGAACCAGCGUCAGUGUGUGGAAUAUGCCCUAAAGGCCCGUCCCCUACGCCGGUACAUCCCUAAGAACCAGUACCAGUACAAGGUGUGGUACGUGGUCAACUCCACCUACUUUGAGUACCUGAUGUUUACUCUCAUCCUGCUGAACACCAUCUGUCUGGCCAUGCAGCACCACGGCCAGACCCACUCCUUCAACGAUGCUAUGAACAUCCUUAACAUGCUCUUCACCGGCCUCUUCACUGUGGAGAUGAUCCUUAAACUCAUCGCCUUCAAACCACGGCAUUAUUUUGUUGAUGCAUGGAACACAUUUGAUGCCUUGAUAGUUGUGGGUAGCGUUGUUGACAUAGCGAUCACUGAGGUUAACGGACUACAAAACUCUGAAGAUAACGCCAGGAUCUCCAUCACCUUCUUCCGGCUCUUCAGAGUGAUGCGGCUGGUCAAACUGCUGUCUCGGGGAGAAGGGAUACGGACCCUGCUGUGGACCUUCAUCAAGUCCUUUCAAGCCCUCCCCUAUGUAGCACUGCUUAUAGUGAUGCUCUUCUUCAUCUACGCCGUCAUUGGGAUGCAGAUGUUUGGUAAGAUAGCCCUGAGGGACAACAGUCAGAUCAACAGAAACAACAACUUCCAGACCUUCCCCCAGGCUACACUACUGCUCUUCAGGUGUGCCACAGGCGAGGCGUGGCAGGAGAUCAUGCUGGCAUGCGCCCCCAUGCGGCCCUGUGAGAAGGGGUCAGAGGUGGGUCCGGCCAGCGAGGACCAGUGUGGAAGUCACUUCGCCAUCUUCUACUUCGUCAGCUUCUACAUGCUGUGUGCCUUCCUGAUCAUCAACCUGUUUGUGGCUGUGAUCAUGGAUAACUUUGACUACCUGACCAGAGACUGGUCUAUUCUGGGACCUCACCACCUUGAUGAGUUCAAGAGGAUCUGGGCUGAAUACGACCCAGAGGCCAAGGGUCGUAUCAAGCACCUGGAUGUGGUAACUCUGUUGAGGAGGAUUCAGCCUCCUCUGGGCUUCGGGAAGCUCUGUCCCCACCGGGUGGCCUGCAAGCGUCUGGUCUCCAUGAACAUGCCCCUGAACAGCGAUGGCACAGUCAUGUUCAAUGCCACCCUAUUUGCUCUGGUGCGAACAGCACUGAGGAUCAAGACUGAUGGUAACUUGGAGCAGGCGAACGAGGAGCUUCGGGCGAUAGUGAAGAAGAUCUGGAAGAGAACCAGUAUGAAGCUGCUGGAUCAGGUCGUGCCCCCUGCUGGAGAUGAUGAGGUGACGGUUGGGAAGUUCUACGCCACCUUCCUGAUCCAGGAGUACUUCAGGAAGUUUAAGAAGCGUAAAGAGCAGGGCCUUGUUGCCAAGGUACCCCCCAAGACUGCUCUCUCCCUGCAGGCGGGCCUGCGGACGCUCCAUGACAUGGGUCCUGAGAUCCGGAGGGCCAUAUCAGGUGACCUCACAGUGGAGGAGGACCUGGACAAGUCGAUGAAGGAGCCGGUCUCUGCUGCGUCUGAGGACGAUAUCUUCAGGGUAAAGCGAGCGGGUGGGUUGUUCGGUAACCACGUCAGCUACUACAACGAUGGGCGCGACAGCGGGCGCAACACCUUCCCACAAUCCUUCACCACGCAGCGCCCGCUCCACAUCAGCAAGACGGGCAGCCCCGGCGAGGGCGAGUCCCCGUCCCACGAGAGGUUGAUGGACUCCACCACCUUCACACCGAGCUCCUACUCCUCCUCGGGCUCCAACGCUAACAUCAACAAUGCCAACAACACUGCGGUCCCUGGUGUGGUAGUUGGGGUUGGUGGUCCAGGGGGGGUCAGCCGCUUCCCUAGCCCCAGCAUCAGUACUGUGGAUGGGCAGAGCAGACCCCCGCUAACCCCAAUACUACUGCCGAGGUCUGCAUGGUGCUUCCCUCCCAAGAGCUCGGACUCCACUGACAGCCGUCUGCCGAUCAUCAGGCGAGAGGAGGCGUCGACGGACGAGACAUACGACGAGAGUUACGCCGACGAGAGAGAAUACCACCGCAGCGACCAGAACAUUCUCACCUCAGACAUGCUGGUGUACCAGGAUGAGGAGAGCAAGCAGCUGACUCCGAUGGAGGAAGGAGAGGAUGGGGAGGAGAGGAGACCCUGGCACUCUCCCAGACGAGCCUUCCUCUGUCCCACAGCUCUGGGUCGACGGUCGUCCUUCCAUCUGGAGUGUCUGAGGAGACAGACGAGAGCAGACGUCUCCCAGAAGACGGCACUACCGCUACACCUGGUACACCAUCAGGCCCUAGCAGUAGCAGGCCUGAGCCCCCUGCUUCGACGGAGCCACUCCCCGACCCUCUUCACGCAGCUCUGCUCUACGCCUCCUACCAGUCCCACAGGCCGGGGUCGCCAUAGCCACGCCUCCUACCAGCGUGUGCCCUCCCUCCGCCUCCAGGGCACGGGCCCUGGCACCGGCUCCUACGAGCUCAACUCCAGCCUGCCCUCGGUCAACUGUGAGCCGUGGUACAGCGACAGCAAUGGGAACAGUCCCGGUCUCAGCCCUGGGGUGGGUGCGGCUGGCCAGCGGCGGCCGCGGCCCGUCUCCCUCACUGUGCCUAGCAUGGUGCACAAGGACGCUUCGUCGUCGUCCCACGGUAGCGCCGGCAGCCUGGUGGAAGCAGUGUUGAUAUCAGAGGGCCUGGGCCAUUUCGCUCAGGACCCGUCCUUCAUCGAGGUGACCAAGCAGGAGCUGGCGGACGCGUGCGACAUGACCAUCGAGGAGAUGGAGAACGCAGCCGACAACAUCCUCAAUGGCAACAGCCAGCCCAGUCCCAACGGCAACCUUUUACCCUACAUGCACUGCAACAGGGACCACGCCGCUUCCCAGGAGCCAGGCCUCAGCCUCAGCGAGGGGCCUGGGGCCGUUCUGGGGGCCACGGCCCCUGGGGAGAUGGAGGAGCUACUAGGGGCCACUCACCUAGGGCAGCACGGUGAUCCGGAGGACGAGGAGGGGUUGGAGGUGGUGGGAGAGGAGGAAGAGCACACUGGGGAUGUGGAAGUGGUGGUGGAGGUGGGGCAGAGGAACAGCGACCUGUUGGAGGACGAGGACAUGGAGUGUGUGACCAGUUUGUAGGGUUGGCCCCUCACACACACAGCAGCAACAGGGGACCUCAGUCUGGAUCCCCCUCUAUCUCUCUCUCUCUCUGUCUGCCGGUUGAGACCUGACAUUGGCGGCCCACGGCACCGACCAUUAGUUCUAAACAUAUUUAUUUAGUUUUAUGGAAGCUAUUUUAUUUGAUGGGUUUGAUUUGGGUUUUCGUGUCUGUGUGUGUGUGUGUGUGUGUGUGUGUGUGUGUGUGUGUGUGUGUGUGUGU